UCACCACCAUUUUGGUUUUCUUCUGCUACUCAUGGAAACUUGAGCAAAAACUAGCGUGUAUUAAAGUUAAGAUUUCAGCAAUUUGGUGGACUUCACAUACAACCCAAAGAUGAAGUUGACAUCAGCAGGCGGGGUGAUUUCACUUCUGGAUGAGCCAGAUGUAAAGCUGCAGAUUUUUGCUCUCGACAAACUGAACCAGCUUGUGGAUGACUUCUGGGCAGAGAUUGCAGAUGCUGUCGAAAAAAUAGAGAUGUUUUAUGAAGAUCAAAGUUUUCCUGAGAGAGAACUGGCCGCUUUGGUUGCUUCCAAGGUUUACUACCAUCUUGGAGGGUUUGAGGAAUCUCUAACCUAUGCUCUCGGAGCUGGUCGUCUCUUUGAUGUCACCACAUCAUCAGAAUACGUUGACACAACAAUAUCAAAAUGCAUAGAUCAUUAUACGAAGCUGAGAGUGCACAAUUUAGAACAUACAGACGACACCAAAGACAUCGACCCUCGUCUUGAGAGCAUCGUGGACAGGAUGUUUCAGCGUUGCUAUGACGACCAAGAGUUCAAGCAGGUCGUUGGGAUCGCCUUGGAGACCCGUCGGAUCGACUCAUUUGAAAAGUCCAUCAUGCAAUCUGUGGACGUUAGCAGUAUGCUUAGCUACAGUCUUAAAGUGGUCAUGUCUCUCCUGCAACAAAAACAGUUCAGAAAUGAGGUCUUACGCGUCUUACUGCGCCUCUACAUGAAUCUACAUGUACCCGACUACAUCAACGUCUGUCAGUGUUUAAUCUUUCUAGAUGAUGCACAAGGAGUUGCAGAUAUCCUUAGCAAAUUGAUGAAAGAAAGCUCGGACCAGACGUUGAUGGCUUACCAGAUCGGGUUUGAUCUGUACGCCAGCGCCACUCAGCAGUUUCUCUCCAGGGUACAGGGUUCGCUCCGGUCCUCUGGACCUCUCCCUGAGGCAUCCAGUGAAGCCACGGAAGCUGAGACCAAAGAAGGUGAAGAUAUGGAAACAGAGGAUAAGAAACCAGAGACCAUUCCCACACCUGCAGAUACGCCCCCAUCUGCUGAACUGGAAGAUGAUAAAGUGUACGCAGAUCGUCUGAGUAAACUCAUGGAGAUCUUAAGUGGAAGUAUCUCCAUCGCAAUCCAUCUUCAAUUUCUUAUAAGGAGCAACAAAACAGACCUUCAGAUUCUUAAGAAUACAAAGGAUGUUGUACGCAACUCUGUCUGUCAUAAUGCUACCGUCAUCGCCAACUCCUUCAUGCAUUGUGGAACAACAUGUGAUUCAUUCCUCAGAGACAACUUAGACUGGUUAUCCCGAGCCACCAACUGGGCUAAGUUCACAGCCACAGCGAGUCUAGGUGUCAUACAUCGAGGUCACGAGAAAGAAGCGUUGAGUCUGAUGUCAACGUACCUCCCUAAGGACACGGGACCAGGCAGUGCGUAUCAAGAAGGGGGUGGGUUAUAUGCACUUGGAUUGAUUCACGCUAACCACGGUGCUAAUAUUAUCGAGUAUCUACUUGGGCAGCUUAAAGAAGCAUCAACUGACAUGGUGAGGCAUGGUGGUUGUCUAGGCCUUGGUCUUGCAGCAAUGGGUACAGCCAGACAAGACGUUUAUGAACAAUUGAAGUUUAAUCUCUAUGAAGAUGAUGCAGUCACAGGUGAAGCAGCAGGUCUUGCCAUGGGUCUCGUAAUGAUCGGAUCCAAGUCAGCCUCCGCCAUUGAAGACAUGGUCAGCUAUGCUCAAGACACUCAGCAUGAAAAGAUUCUACGAGGUCUUUGUCUUGGUAUUGCUCUGACGAUGUACGGACGUCUUGAGGAAGCAGACACUCUAAUCGAGAGCCUCUCCCGGGACAAGGACCCCAUCUUGAGGCGCUCUGGUAUGUACACCAUAGCCUUGGCUUACUGCGGUACAGGAAACAACCAGGCUAUAAGACGUCUUCUUCACUUCGCCGUCAGUGACGUAGAUGAUGAUGUAAGAAGGGCUGCCGUUACUUCCCUUGGAUUCAUCUUGUUCAGGUAA